CACCUGUACUGCUGCUGCAGAGCUUUCGGGUUACACUGCAGACAGACACAGAGACAUUGUGGUGUCCUAAAACUGUUCUCAUCAAAAACAGGGCCAAAAAGUUCUAAAGUAUCCAUACUGAGGCCUGGAUUGUACUGUGGGUGGAUAAUGGUGCAAUAUUUUGCGUUCUACUUAUAAGGAACCUUGGAAGAGAGGCAACAUGACCAAACAGAGAUAUGGUCGCUAUAGCAACAUGGAGGAGGAUGAGUAUCAUGUCCCUGAUAACCAUGAAGAAGAGUUCUUGGUGCACAUCCUUCCUGCCAGAGCCUCCGAGUCAGACAGAGACUAUGCAGAUAGGGACAUUUCCAGAUCCUCCUACGCUCAGAGUAUCAGCUCCACUUCAAGUGGCAGCCCUAUCAUACCCCCACGGCAUCCCAAAAGAGGCCUCCUUUGUACUUCUCCAGGAAAUACCGGACCUUCUGUCAACCGCCAACUGAAGCCCAGAAAACCAAGGAGGACCCAGUUAGAUGGCAGAGCACAAGUCAUGGAGCCUACAGAACAGAACAUGCUACUGCCACCAAGGUCCCCACCAUCCUUACCUAAGGACCUAAUGAACAAGCUGUCUGGGCUGAACCUCCAGAGGCCCUGCAGGAGAGACAGACAGAGAAGACAACAAAAUGUGGAAUGCAAUACACCUUCAAAUAGUAAUUGUUUAAGGAGAGAGCAAACUAUCCAAAGAUAUUCACUGGACCUUGAAUCUCAACUCAACACAGACAUAAGGUUACAACAAAGGCACAAUACCCCAGAAGAGUCCUCAGUGAAGCGCCAACAACACCAUGAGUGGCCUCAAACCAAAGAUGACGUGGAGCAGCAUGACUUUGUCCCCAAGGAAAGACCGUGUCAGACAUACAAUGAACAAGACUGGUACAUAGGAGCUUGUGAUCGAGCAGAGGCUGAACAUGCCUUACACCUGGUGAAUAAGAAUGGGGCAUUUUUGGUGCGGAAUUGCUCAAGGAACACGAAGAGCGAACCCUUUGUCUUAGCAGUGUUUCAUGACAAGAGAGUUUUCAACGUUAAAAUUCGGUUCAUUGAUAGCACCUCCAAGUAUGUCCUUGGGACUGGGCAAAGUGCCAAUGAUGUGAGUAGACAAAUGUUUGAUUCUGUGGCAGACAUCGUCCGAUUUCACUCCAUAUUCCCUGUCGUCCUGAUCAAUGGGAGGAACCAAUUAGCUAACAGAUAUCAGGGGAACUGUGUGUUGACAUACCCAAUCACAAAAGAGGUUGUCAACCAACUGUUGGAAUGAAAGGCCCUCUAUGCCCAAGCAAUAACUAUCACAUUUUGUCUGAGUUGAUCCACUGGAUUUGUCUGUUUUGUAAUGUGCUAUUUUUUACUAUAAAUUGUCACAUUUCGCUCUCUACUCUGCACAUAGACUCACCAUUGUCUUGCAUCUGAGUACAUGUACUGUAUAGACAUUAUGUAAACUUGCCUAAAUAAAAAGUUUUAAGGAA